ACACACACACACACACACACACACACACACACACACACACACACACACACACACACACACACACGCACACACACACACACACACACACACACACACACACACACACACACACACACACACACAGCCUACCUGGAGACUCACUCUCCUUUAAGGACAAAAACGUCCUCAUACACAGCAAUAAAAAAUAUCACAUAUCAACAUUAUUUUCCUCUUUCACAGAGUCACAUGUUUUAACCAACAUCAGUUUUCAGACUAAAUAUUCCAUCAUUUUCAGGAUUUUAACCCUUUAAAUUCCAGUUUGUUUACUCUGUGUCUGUCUGAGGCUCAGAGCCUCCUCUCUUCUGAUUGGCUCACCGACCACUGAGAUGGUUUUUAUAUCUUCUGAUGGAUCAACACUUCAAAUCAAACACAGAAGAAGAAGAAAGGUGGAGCUUUAACACAGUUUAUAGACAGCAGGGCUCACAGCGCCCCCACUGGCAGGAUCACACUCUCCUAGAACAUUUUAACCUGCUUCAUCAAACUCAUUUACAUCCUUCCUAUGUGCGUUUUUUUUUUUUUUUUUUGCAUUGACUGAUGGUUGGUCUCUGAGCUCUCGAGCUAAACUGACCUUCUUCCUGGAAACGGCUUGAUAGGAAAUCACACAGAAGAAAGGAGGAAGUGGGUUCACCAGCUGUGACCUGCUGUAAAGGUCUUGAGCUCAAAUCAACAUGUGGUACGAUGGGACGACUUCAGUGGCUGCUCUUGCUGACUUCGCUGCUGAGCUGCACAACCAACACAGCUCUUCUGACGGUGAGUCCCAGCAGCUCUCAGCUGUUUGAAGAAGACUCUGUCUCUCUGAGCUGUGAGGAGGACGACAGCUCUGCUGGAUGGAGGCUGAGGAGGAACACCACCAGAGAAACCAGGACUCAGUGUGACGACUGGGGAGAAUCGGCUGGUUCUUCCUGUAACAUCACUCACAUCGUCCCAUUGGACAGUGGAGUUUACUGGUGUGAGUCCAGAGAGGGAGCAACCAGUAACAGCAUCAGCAUCACUGUCACUGGUGGAGCAGUGAUCCUGCAGAGUCCUGUCCUCCCUGUGAUGGAGGGACAUGAUGUCACUCUGCACUGUAAAACAAAGACCCCUCCCUCCAACCUCCCAGCUGCUUUCUAUAAAGAUGGCUCCCUCAUCACAGAGACUACAGGUCACAUGACCAUCCACCAUGUUGACAAGUCUGAUGAAGGCCUCUACAGCUGUGACAUCAGAGGUCAUGGAGAGUCUCCACGCAGCUGGAUCACUGUCACAGAGAAACCCACCACCACAGCUGGACCUACACCCACCUCUCCUCCUUCAUCCUCCACCUCUCCUCCUUCUCUCACGGUCUUAUUGCCUGUUGUAUCUGUCUGUGGUCUGGUUCUACUGGUGUUACUGGUUCUACUGGUGUUACUGGUUCUACUGGUGAGACGAUGUGUUCGGAGGAAACAAAUAGCUGCUGAAGCAAAAGGUGGAGAAGAUGAAGAUGAUGUCAGGUACUGUGAUGUUGAAAUAUCACGACAUCAACAGCCAAUCGGACGGAGCGGAGGAGAGACGGAUCCAGCUGCUCCGAGAACAGACGGCGUCACUUAUGGACAGAUUGUCAUCAGACCAAACAACAGGAGAGAGUGUCCACCAGAACCAGUGGUUAUCUACUCCAUUCUUCACUGAGGAAGACCGUCACACCUUCGCACCUGUCCUGUCUCAGGACAGAGCGGAGCUGAGCUGCUGUAGGAUUCAUGACAUGACAUUUAUAAGUUCCUAUUUAACAGGAUCUAAUGUUUAGUUUUUUUACUCAACUCUUUAUUUAUAUUUGAUUGGUUUCUCUGCAGGACCAAUAAACUUUGUAAACACAUUUCUUGGUUUUCUCCUGUGGUUCUGUGGCUUUCACAAAGACGUGAGGUGGAAAAUUUGACUCUGACUCAGACACGAGAGAACAAAGAGUUCACAGAAACCACAACGACAGACCUGAAACACGACGACAACCUCGGCACUCGGUCACAGUCAACCACUGCUCACGUGACAGGAAACCUGAACCUAGAACCAGGAAUAGAGUCAGAGUUAGUUUGUUUCUUCUGAUCACGACCUCAUGAAGAGUUUAUCCUCGGGACCAGAAUCCGGCUGGUGAUUAGACCGCUCAGCUUUAAACCGGCCAAUCACAGUGAAGCAUGGAACAGGUGGAAAAAAGAAUCUCUGGAUGACACCUGGAAACCUGAAUAUUAACCCUGACCACUGGGACUACAGGAUCCUUACUGGGACAAAAGAGUUUUCAAUGAGGUGACAGGUCGGUAGAAUCAGUUUGCUGUUUGAGAGGCAGCCAGCAGGGGGCAGCGUCACGCCGUUAAACUGCACUGUGUCUCCUCCCAGGAAGUGGAGGUGAAACACAAAGAAGAGUGAGUACACAGCUCACUCAUGAUGAUGUUUGGCUUCUUCCCAGUGGUGCAACAUGUGACCUUCAUCCGUU